AUGCAGAAACAGUUACAGGCGGUUCCUCCGGAAGAAGAAGCGAGCUUGGCGUAUUUUCUAGAAGUGAGAAGCUUUCUAUCUCGUCUCAAACAGAAUCGGACGCAGUAUUUGAACUCCAGAGACGUUCUGACCUCUUACCAACAAGUUCUCACCAAAGUAUGCGAGCUGGAUGCGAUCCGAAAGGCCGCUCACAAUAUCCCAGCCGACAGCACCACGACCCUGAUACACAACGUGAAGCUUCACAACCGAGUGGAUUCGGUGCUGGACGACGUUUUUCAGCUGCUAUCGCUCAGUUUUCUGACUGUGGGGCUUAAAAACUCGGCACCCGCGACUUAUGCCUCUCUCAGCACGGUGCAACGGCUUCUGGAACAUUUGGACGAGUCGAAUGUUUUCACGCACCACGAUCUGGGCCCCAUCAAAGAAAGACUGGAUGAAAUCUCGAAGAUUGUGACCCGGAGCUCGUGUGUCCCCGAAACCAACGGUUCUGACAGCAGCAUUGACCUAACAAAGUUAGCGGCCGAAGAAGAUCGUAACAAAAUCGAACAAGAUCUUUUGUUGCGCGCAAAGCUAAAGCACUGCUUACAAGAAUACGAGCACAUCGAGUCCAAACUAGAGGAAAUCGAUAGUGGCUUGCAAGGAACGAUGGAAAAACUUUUCCAACUCAGACGGGGGCUUUUGUCACUAGCUGCGUCAGCGAAGAGAGGAAGACAGCCCACGACUGGGGAUCCCAAGGGUGCCGGUGCACCCGUGUCUCAGGAAUGUGUCAAGCAAAAGCUGCAUGCUCUGGAGGCCGAAUUGACAGAAAUAGAGUCGCGCAGAGACGCUUCCGGAAAGUUUAUCUCUUCAGAGACCGGGGAAGUCGCAGAGAGGGGACAGAAUGUUUUGAACGGGCUUCUGGAUGACUGUCAUGACCUGAUACAUGAUCUUUCCCAUCAUGCAAACAAUUUGGUUAGCUUAGACUCAAAUCUUCAACCAAUUUACGACAACUUAAUCGACAUAAAGACCACUCUGGAAAACCUGCUGGUGACGCGGCGUUGGACGCUGCGGGAAACCGAUUUGUUCGGGUACCAGAAGAGACUUUCGGAGAUUGACAAGUUGAGAGUCGGAGGAAAAUUCCCAACGGACUCGUCCGAAACGAAGGGCCAGGCUAUUCUGCUCUACCUGCUUCGCAGGUGCUACGCGAUUGUAUACAAGCUUCUAGAGUGUUCAGAGCCCGUUUCGGAGGCUCUGCAGAAAAUUCACAACCAGCUGUCUACUGUGCGUCGGUGUCUACUUGAGUUGAAGAGAAUGGGCGGUGUCGAGAAUGACAGAGAGCUUUAUCCGUACCAGAUGAAGCUGGCGUCGCUGGACAAUGUUCGCGAGGACGGGAAAUUUUACGACUCCGAAGGGAACAUCCCAGAGGGUCAGGGAACGCUCAAUGCACUACUAGCCGAAUGUUUUGACAUUUUGCAUGAACUGAAGAUCGAGGCCGAAGAGCGCAACGGUUCUGAAAGCGAUGUGGACGACGUCGCUACAGAAGAAACCGCAGAACACUCAUCUACUUCAGGAAAAGCUUCCAGACGGGCUGACAGUCCAUUGAGAGCGACUAGGACUUCGAGCUCAUCCGCUGCCAAGGGCAAGCCUCAAGCUAAAUACCUGGACGCUGCCAAGCCAGGUCUCCACUAUGACGACCUUGACGCAGACGACCAUGAUGAUGAAGACGAAGGUUACUCUGCCAACUACAGUGAGCAUAGCUACGAAGACGACGAGGACGAUUACGCAACUACGAGUCACGCUGAAGACUGA